AGAUCUUUGGAGAUGAAGAUUACACAUUGUGACACAUACAGUAUUACCAGUAGCUGGACCAGAAAGAAGAAAAGCUACUGUAGACUUUCAUUCUCAGGAGACUGUGAAAUAUGGAGAAUGCUUCUUUUUUUCCAACAUUUUAUUACACAACAUACAAUGACACCGAAGUAGAUACAGAAGAAAUAAACCCAAUCAUUCUCUGCAUGAUUUACGUAUUCAACAUAAUUUUUUACAGCAUAACCUUCAUCCUGGGGAUUACUGGGAACGGACUGGUCAUCUGGAUUGCAGGAUUUAAGAUGAAGAAGACAGUCAGCACUUUAUGGUUUCUGAACUUGGCCAUAGCUGAUUUUGUAUGUGAUAUGAUCUCCCCUCUCCAGAUAACUGAGUUAAUUAUGGAAGGCCACUGGCCCUUUGGUCAAACCAUGUGCAAGGUGGUUUCCACCAUUCUCUUUCUUAACAUGUCCAUCAACUCCUCUUUCCUAAUGAUUAUGAGUGUUGACCGAUGCGUAUCAAUUAGGUGUCCUUUGUGGUCGAAAGAGCAUAGGACUCCCAAAUUGGCAUUAGCCAUCUCAGCUAUAAUAUGGACAACUUGCUUCAUGCUUAGUGCCCCAUAUCUUGCUUUCUUCAACAUUUUUCAUGACUCUGAGGAAGGCAUCUCAUAUUGUAUUCCCAUCUAUGGUGCUGAUGAUGAUACAGAUACCACAAUGACGCAAACUAUGACAAUCAUUACGUUAGUUACCAUGUUCCUCAUCCCAUUGUCUAUCAUAGCCAUUUGUAACAGUCUUAUCAUACUUCGGUUGAGAAGAAACAGAAGCAGACAUUUUUCAAGAUCGAAUAGGCGCCUGAAAGUCAUUAUCACUCUUGUACUUUGCUUUUUCAGCUUUUGGUUCCUAUUCCUUAUAUGGACUUUCCUAGAAGUUCUAAAUAUUGAAAUUAGUAGGACUGCUGACUUGAUCAUAUCCAACCUUGUAUGCUGCAUAAUUUUCUUCAGCAGUUGUGUUAAUCCCAUCAUCUACGUCUUCUUUGGAAGAGGUUUCAAGAAAAAAUCAUUCAAAUCCAUCAAAUUUAUUCUGGAAAACACAUUCAAGGAGAAGGAUGUUUUGGAUAUAGAACCUUGAUUAGUUCAGAGUGUGAUGGAACCUGGAAUGGAAGGUUAUAGCAUGUGACGAAAGAAAGACUCCUAAAAGGGAAGCUUUAUUCUUAACAGAGGUU